AGUCUCUUCCCUCCUCUUCGCUCGGAAUUUCAUCUUACAAACAGAGACUGCUCGAAACAUCCCAAGCAAAUUUCACUAUUCUCAAAUGUUGCCGUAUCAGCAUACAGUCGGCCAACAGCCAGCACACGUCGGAGGAAGGACGAUUGAUGGGCCCCACCUCUCCGCUGGACAUAUGAUCAGCUACCCUUCACAUGUUCAAAGCCAGUACCAGCCUCAUGCGCACCGAGGAUUGAGUGUCUACGGUGUUCAUCCUUCGCCGAUCCAUCAAAUCGACGACAAGACCCGACGCACCGUUGCAUAUCCUUACCUUCCUGAGGCCAAACACUCUGCCUCUAGUCCUCUGCGAAGCCCCACUUCGCGCACUCACCCACACAGUCUUUCCCAAGUCGGUCACCUCCAUCAACGCUCUACUUCCGACGCUGCCUUUUCUGGUGCAUCUCCUGCAUCGCUUUCACGACGGGAUUGGAAUGCGUCUCAUCCUGCCUCUGCAAAGCAGCUCUCUUCUCCUACUGCUACGAGUCUCUCAUCGCCUUCCCUUACAUACACUGGCCAUAUCAAGACGUCUGCAGACGCCAUCCUGCUACUCGCGGCUUGCGACUUGCCUCCCAACGCCUCAGUCUCUGGAGCGUCAGGUCCUUCUCCUACCGGGUUCGCCUCGACGUCGGCUUCUCCCCCGCCUCGCCGAAUUCAACGACGUCUUUUAGAAGCGGAGCGCGUCGACCUGGUCAAGUCUGGCAGCGUCUUUGCCUGGGACGAGGACGAAGCUGGCAUGCGUCGAUGGACAGAUGGUCGAUGCUGGAGUGCUAGUCGUGUCAGUGGCUGCUUCCUCACCUACCGCGAGCUUGAGGCCCGCAAGAGGUCGCCGAACGAUCCCACUGGUCCACGCACCAAUCAAUACAAGGUCGAUGGGUUGAUUAAGCAGUCCUUCAGUAUGAUCACCACUUCCGGACGCAAGGUACACAUUGUAUCGUACUACACCAAGAAGGAUCUUCGUGAGGGCCGUCUCGGCAGGGUCAGCGAAGACCCACGCUUCGUCGGCGAAGCUGGAGGCGAGUGGGGUCUGCACAUCGACGAGGAGGAAUACCCUGAUCCCGUCGCUGCUCUUGACACUCCCUCAGGCGGCCAUGAUGGUCAGUCGGUCGGCAAUGAAGAAGACAGCCCUGACAGCCCCGCGACGGCCAACGAAAGCGCCCAUCCUUCAUCGACACCUGCCGCGAGCCGAUCAACACAGGCAACUGGGACAUCUGUAGGCCAAUAUCAGAUUUCGUCUGUAUUUGCGUCUACCUCCCCUUCGCUCGCCGUCGCACAGUCGGCUUCGCUGAAGCGACCCAUGGAAGGUGCAGACGGGCUCAACCAGUCCUCCAUGAGUGCGAAUCGUCCACCACUCAAGCGACUCAGGUCGUCUUCGACCGGCGAGCUGAAGCGACUCCGUCUAGGUGGAGGCGCUAGUGGGUCUGGCACUCUCCUGACCGAGUCAAAUAUGCGCGAUGCUGGUUUCGAGACUGCACACGACCAACAGCAACGGCAACAUGAGCAGCAGCACUACGUCCGUCGAACACAACUUGGCGGCGAUUCCACUCCUCAACAGAUCCCUUCUGCGAUGCAAGCGGAACGUGACGGCAGUGCAGCUGCUGGUGCUCUUCUCAGUCUGCGCCUCAAUGGUCCGUCAACGGUCGCUCGCGAUUCUGCCUUGCCUCGGCCUAGCUUUCUUGACACUCUGAUGGGUGGCCAACUCAGCACGAGCUCACUAAGUGCAUCGACUCCGAUGUCUACCGGCACUCAUCCCCGGCUUUCCUCCACCCGUAGCUACGUGGACUCUGGCAAUGAAAGUGGCAGUGGAGGAACACCCCUGACCACGCCGGAAGAGAGAUCGCCGACUAGCAAGGGCCCCGUCAAGGAGACGGCGUCUUCAUCAGAUGUGCGACGCCGAUCCGACGGCGCUAUGCCCAUCGGUAUCAGGAGCGACUCAGAUAAAGACGCACUGUCUAGAUUUGGCGUAAGACUAUGACAUCACGCCUCAAUGGUCGCCGUCAGCUCUCAUGGGUAGCUUGCCAAUGUCCUGCAUCACAAGUCGGCCCCUCGGCUUUGCACGGUUCCCACCAUUCUCUCGUCAGUGUCGACUCAGACAUCACACUCGUUAGUAC